AUGCUGGAGGAUGUGGACGGGGGCGAGGAAGAGGAUGAGGGCUUCGAGGAAGACCAACCACCUGACCUCACGGUGUCAGGUCUCCUUGAUGAUCUUAGCGUCUCAACACAGCCUAUCUGCUCCUCCCUGACUGCCUCCUCCAUGCCUUCUGCCUCCUCCCUGGCUGCUCCCAUCCAGCCUGCUGCCUCCACCAUGGCUGCUCCCAUCCAGCCUGCUGCCUCCUCCCUGGCUGCUCCCAUCCAGCCUUCUGCCUCCUCCCUGGCUGCUCCCAUCCAGCCUGCUGCCUCCUCACUGGCUGCUCCCAUCCAGCCUGCUGCCUCCACCAUGGCUGCUCCCAUCCAGCCUGCUGCCUCCAACCUGGCUGCUCCCAUCCAGCCUGCUGCCUCCACCCUGGCUGCUCCCAUCCAGCCUGCUGCCUCCACCCUGGCUGCUCCCAUCCAGCCUGCUGCUUCCUCACUGGCUGCUCCCAUCCAGCCUGCUGCCUCCAACCUGGCUGCUCCCAUCCAGCCUGCUGCCUCCUCACUGGCUGCUCCCAUCCAGCCUGCUGCCUCCACCAUGGCUGCUCCCAUCCAGCCUGCUGCCUCCUCCCUGGCUGCUCCCAUCCAGCCUUCUGCCUCCUCACUGGCUGCUCCCAUCCAGCCUGCUGCCUCCUCCCUGCCUGCUGCCUCCACCCUGGCUGCGGAAGCAUCUUGGGCUGUGGAUGAGUCCGGUGUGCCAGGCAUGGACAGAGUGGACAGCUUGGCAGAAUAUCUAGUGGAGCUGCGCAACAAGCCCUCACUAGUCCUCACCAACCAGCAGGUGAGCGAUAUUGUCAUUCUGUGGCAGAACCUGCUAGACUUUGACAAGCAGCAGAUUGUCUUUUCUGCCAGACACCAGACCAGGCUGGUCACAGGGAGGUUCAGGACUCAAAAGAACAGGCAGGAGUUCACUCCAGGGGUGAGAGGAGUUCCCAAGAAGAGAUCCAGAUGGGACCUUAUCCUGGAGGACUAUAGGCGAAUCAGGCAGCGCAUUCUGGCCAAUGGGGACGUUAUGCAGCAGACCACCAUGCAGCUGGUGGACGUGAGCCAUACCACCCUGGUGAAGUGGCACAAUAAGAGGGUGAAGAGGCAGGACAUCGCAGUGGUGAAGCAGGGACUGGACCUGCCGCCUGUCUGUGGCGGCUGA